AUGCCUUCUCCGCAUAAUUCUCUUUCGUGGCGGCAAUGCAUACUCAGUCUCAUCUUUCCCCUGUCUGCUCUCGCACAAUCCACUCUCUUUGAGCAUGCAACUAUAGUCUCCUAUGAUGAGGCGAAUGGAAUCCCUCUGGUCCUUCGAGACUCCUCACUUCUCAUCACGAACGAUCGCAUCGCCGGCAUCUUUCCUACUUCAAGGUCCAAUACCAGUAACGUCACGACCAGCAUCGACCGAAUCGAUGCAACCGGAGACAUUAUUGUCCCAGGAUUCAUCGACACCCACCGACACUCAUGGCAAACAGCUCAGCGCACCAUUGCGGGCAACGCAACCCUUGCAGAAUACAUCGCGCACUGGACGAACACCACACUACUGGCUGAAGUCUACGAUGGCGAUAUCAUAUAUGACUCCCAGCUCCUGGGGUUCCUCGAAGCCAUAGAUGCAGGAGUGACAACCAUUGUUGAUCUUGCCUCCGCAACAUGGAAUGAGGAAGUCACUCGAGCUGCACAUAGAGCUCAUCUCGACAGCGGUAUACGCGGCAUCUUUGCUCCACAAGUUGGGGCUAAGCCUGGCAACUUUACUUUGAAAGCCCAAUUUGAGCUUUGGAGAGAGCUUCAAGUACACAGCCAGGAGCAGAGCAAUUUGAUCAGCAUGGGCUUGGCGUAUGAGACUUUCGACAUUGGGGCACCAGCAGAGAUCGAGCAGGUUGUUGAGUUCAUCAGGGGAUCGAACGCGACAGUACUAGAAACACACUUUGUCGGCGGCGUCGACGGUAACGAAAACAGUCCAAGCCUACUCGCUUCCCUCGGUCUACUCAACCUUUCGAUGCCAGUGAUCUUCAUUCAUAGCAAUGGGAUCACUCCCACAGAUGCAACGCUUCUUCGCAGGUUCAAUCACUACAUCUCAACAGCUGUCGGCUACGAGAUGAGUCACGGAGCUGACUUGACCCGGACAAUCCACAUGUCCGAUCAGGCCUCACUGAGUGUGGGUACAAACUACGCUCAGUCUGGGGAUCUCAUGUCUCAGGCGCGUCUCUGGCUUCAGCGUGGCCGUGAUCAGCUCUAUGGCCCGGAGCGAGCGAAUUGGCGAGUACCAGCGAACAAUCCAAUCUCAACGAAUCAGGCUUUCUUACUCGCAACACGAUCUGGAGGUCUGGCACUUCGAAGGCCAGAUCUUGGUGUUUUGCAAGCAGGAGCUAAAGCUGACGUCGUAGUCUUCGAUGGCACAGCCCCAGGUCUUCUUGGCUUCAACGAUCCUGUGGCUGCCAUCGUCAUGCACUCGCACGUUGGACAGAUCAAGCACGUCCUCAUUGAUGGCGAGUGGAGGAAGAGAGAUGGCCGCUUGGUUGAUGAAGGUGUUGAGCAAGUAAGGCAGAGGUUUCUGUCGUCGAGCCGGAGAGUGCAGCGUUUCUGGACAAGCCUGCCGAGACCUGUAUUGGAGGGACAAUGGCUCACUGGAGCGCCAUACAGUCGCAUACCGCAGUGCGAUGUCGUUCGAGGCACUGGCAGUGGGUACUGA